UUACCAAACUUCUGCUUUCCUUACGCGCAACAUCGUAAAACGAAGUACCAAAUCACGAAAAUUUAGGAGAUAAAAGGGGCAAACAGGUCAUUUGACACUUCACUAUCACUGAGUUCAGUGGCCAAUGCAAUUUCCUGCUUAUGACGAAACAUUUAAAAAGUGGAACACUCGAGCUUUUACUUAGAUUCAGUAUCAACAGUGAAAGACUUACACAGUAGAUUAAAGAAUUGGCAUUUCCAUUUUUGGCGGGUAUUUAACGGUUUCAAAAUCCUCGCUUAACGGUUAAGACAUCAAUGGCGGACGCAUCUCUUCGUCCUGCAAGUUCCUGGACUCAGGCCGAUGCUUUGUUCAGGAAGAACUUAACCUAUCAGAAACGAAAGCCUUGUUCAAAUUGCAUACUGAUUUGCGUUCCAGUUAUAGUGUUUGCCAUGCUGGCUACAAUUCAACAUUAUAUUGACUCCGAAAUGAGCAAAAUUGGAAGCACGUGUGGUUGUGCUUCCGUUGAUAUAAAUGGAGAUGGGAGACGUGAGAAAGUCUGUGGUUUGCAAUACACGAAGGACUGGGAUGACGCGGAGGAUUGUCCCUUUCUUAGUCCCCUAAAAUGGCCUCCCUUGUUGCAUAUUCCCCCUGGUUUCGUUCGUGAAUAUAGAUCCAAUUCUACUACGUAUACAGAGUCAUGCGUUCAUCCCAAGUGUCCUGUAACUAUGCUUAUCACUGGAAAUAACAAGUCUCUUGCAAAAAUUUUGGCUGGGAGUAUGUUCACAAGUCCUAUUGAUAUUCAUGGUUCUUCCAAUAUCAUGGAUAGUUUAGCCAAGAUUGUGUUGGGUACAGAAAGAGCGCUAGAACCUGAUCUUUUUAUUGAUUAUGCCUUCACUAGCGAUGCUUCUUCUCUCUUUUAUGUUCAAAGCAAAUGCAGGCCGAACUCCACAUUGUCCUUUUUUCUUCCAGAUUCAUUUAUUCCAAUCGAAAAGGAGGCAAUUUGUGUUGAAGCUCUAACUCCAUGGCACAGUAGUUCCUCUGAGAUAAAUGAAGAGAUAUACAAAGAGAACAGUCAGAUACUUGCAGCCUAUGAUUUCUUAAACAGUGACCGGAAGAUUUUUAAUGUGAGUAUUUGGUACGAUCCAAUGAACUAUGGAGAUUUCACUGUUGGUGCUGGUUCUGGUCGUUCUGGAGAAACCACUUUGCUGAGGGUUCCAUGCUUAGUGAAUAUGGUAUCAAAUGCUUACAUUCAGAUUAUGCAUGGGUUAGGUAAAAAGGUGCUAUUUGAGUUUGUCAAGGAAAUGCCUAAACCUGCCACCCGAAGAAAUUUUGAUAUAUCAAGUUACUAUCCUCUUUUCUUUACUUGGGUUAUUCUACUGCUAUUCCUUGUGGCGUUCACAUCCGUGGUCUAUGAGAAACAGCAAAAACUGAGGAUCAUGAUGAAAAUGCAUGGUCUUCAUGAUGGACCUUAUUGGCUCAUAUCUUAUCUGUAUUUUCUUACCAUAUCUUUGAUAUACAUGUUACUUAUUGUGAUUUGUGGCUCAUUUACAGGGUUGAAAAUGUUCAAACUGAAUGACUACAGCAUCCAAUUUGUCUUCUAUUUCAUCUACAUAAAUCUGCAAAUUUCUGUGGCCUUUCUGGUUGCUGCAUUCUUUUCACAUGUUAGGACUGCUACAGUUGUCGGCUACAUUUACAUCUUUGGAACCGGACUGCUAGGUGGCUUUCUUUUUCAAGGAAUUCUUGAAGAUUUAUCAUUCCCAAGAACCUGGUUGAUUGCAUUGGAGUUAUACCCUGGUUUCUCUCUAUAUCGUGGGUUAUAUGAGUUCUCAGAAUAUGCUGCAGGUGAAGGGAUGCAGUGGGAGAAUUUAAAUGAUGUAAGAAAUGGGAUGAUAGAGCUCUUCUUUAUCAUGUUUGUUGAGUGGUUCGUGGUUCUUUUUGUCGCAUAUUAUAUGGAUCAAUGUUUAUCAUCUGGAAGUGGGAAAAAUCCUCUGUUUUGCUUGCAAAACUUUGGGAAGAAGCGCCAGGCAUCAGUUCGGAAGCGCAGUUUGCGAACGCAGGGAUCUAAAGUUGUUGUUAAUAUGGAUAAACCUGACAUCCACCAGGAGAGGGAGAAGGUUGAGCAGUUACUUCUGGAGCCAAGCACAAAUCAUACAAUCAUUUGUGACGACCUCAAAAAGGUGUAUCCAGGAAGGGAUGGAAACCCUGAUAAAAUUGCUGUUAGGGGAUUAUCUCUUGCUUUGCCUCCAGGGGAGUGCUUUGGUAUGCUAGGUCCCAAUGGCGCAGGGAAGACCUCUUUCAUUAGCAUGAUGAUUGGGCUCACAAAGCCUACCUCGGGGACGGCAUAUGUUUGGGAUUUGAACUUGCAAACUCAAAUCGAUUGGAUUUAUACCAGCAUGGGCGUUUGCCCACAAGAUGACUUUCUCUGGGAAUCCCUGACAGGAAGGGAGCACUUACUAUUUUAUGGCAGACUUAAGAAUCUUAAAGGUUCUGCCUUGAAAAAAGCAGUGAAUGAAUCUCUCAAGAGUGUCAAUCUAUUUAAUGAUGGGAUUGCUGAUAAACAUGCUGGGAAAUAUAGUGGAGGCAUGAAGAGGAGGCUUAGUGUUGCCAUAUCACUCAUUGGAAAUCCCAAAGUUGUUUAUAUGGAUGAACCCAGUACUGGUUUGGAUCCAGCUUCAAGAAGAAACUUAUGGAAUAUUAUUAAGUGUGCAAAGCAGGAUAGAGCAAUUAUUCUAACCACUCAUUCUAUGGAAGAGGCAGAAGCCUUGUGUGAUCGAUUAGGAGUUUUUGUAGAUGGCAGCUUCCAGUGCAUAGGAACCCCGAGAGAGCUGAAGGCUAGAUAUGGUGGAUCUUAUGUAUUUACAAUGACAACGUCUUUGGAUCACGAGCAACAGGUAGCGAACAUGGUGCAACAACUCUCCCCCAAUGCUGAAAGGAUAUACUACACUUCCGGAACACAGAAGUUUGAAAUGCCGAAAAAUGAGGUCAGAAUUGCAGAUGUAUUUGACGCAGUUGAGACUGCAAAAAGCAGAUUCCCAGUUUUUGCUUGGGGUCUGUCUGAUACCACCUUGGAGGAUGUCUUCAUCAAGGUAGCUAAUGGGGCCUAGCCAUUCAGCAUUUUCUCAUUACAGCUAUACAUUUAUAUGCCUUAGGAAUUAGGAUGAAGCUGACAUAUUUAUAAUUAUAAUAUACAAAUAAUAUUGCUGUCUAUUCAAAAUGGGAAAAGAGAAUAUUAUUAGGCAAAAAAUAAUAAUGCAUGGACCUUGUUAAUAAUAUUAUUGUUGAAUAUUAUUAAGGUUUAUAGACAUUUCCAAGUAAACAUUUCAAUUCGACAACCAUUUUGAGGAUGCCUUGUCUUCCAAGAAACUAGAAAGGGACAUUUAGAAAAAGGCAUAUGCUUAAUUGCUUGUGACCAUAUAUUAUCUUUCCAUGCAAUUCCAUACUUGUAGACUUAAUUAAACUUCUGUAUAACAUUUUUAUUAUAAUA